ACUCUUACUGUGAAAAGGUACGUACUUCCGGUUUAAAUGCUACGCUUCAUGUUUUCAUUUUAUGAGAAAAAAAUAAAAAGGAGAUUUACGGUAGUAAAGGUCGGCCAUAUUUCUCGCGUUUUGGUUGAAAGCGAAACUCGAGAAUCGGUGAAGUUUCACAAUUUCCGUUUGGUCGUUUUACCGUUAAAACAAGUUUAAAAGGAGCGCGCAGCUACGAGUUCAUCAGCCUCCUCUUUAGUGUAGACGUGUUGGUGGUGACUUAGUGAAUAAAGAGUUUCUGAUCUGAGGAGCAGCUAUGAGUUCAUCAGCCGGUGGAUUAGUCGUCUUCCUUCUCUCUGUACAAGUGAUACAGAGUCAGGAUGGAUGGGGAGUGACUUACUAUCAGACUGAGAUCUGUGCUGCAAAAGGAUCAACUCUAUAUAUAAGCUGUGCCUACACACACCCACCUGGAAUAAAUCCCUCUGAUAUAAAGGACAGAUUCUGGUUCAUUGAAGAGAAAGAUGGUGAACCUGUGGAUCUGAGGAGAGACUCUGAGUAUUCAGGCCGUGUGGAGGAUGAAUGUUAUGAGAAGAGAUGCUAUCUGAUCAUCAGAAACCUGAGAGAGAGCGACUCAGCUGAGUACAAAUUCACAUUCAGGACAAACAAAGGAGAGAAAUAUACUGGUUCACCUGGAGUCACUUUGUCUGUCACAGACUCAGGUCUCCAGGUGCAGGUGAGCAGAUCAAAUUCUACCUGGUUGGAGCUGACGUGUCACAGCAGCUGUGAUCUGUCUCAUCGUGCUGAAUACGACUGGUCCAAGAAUGAAGAGAUCAUCCAGACAGGAUCUUCUCUUCUAGUCUCCUCUGGUUCUACAGACAGAUAUUCCUGUUUUUUAAGUGGAUAUUGGGAUCAAGGUUCUCCUGAAGUGUAUGGUCCACGGCGUCCCUCUGUGUCAGUGAGUUCCUCUGCUGAGAUGAUGGAGGGUGGUUCAGUGACUCUGACCUGUAGCGCUGAUGCUAACCCAGCAGCUAGCUACACCUGGUACAAGGAGAAUGGAACUUCAGACCCUCAUCUUCUCAGUGAAGAACCUCAGCUGGUCUUCAGCUCCAUCCAGUCCUCUGACUCUGGAAGGUAUUCCUGUGCAGCUGAGAACCAGCUGGGGAGGAAGAGGUCUGACUUCAUCUCUAUCGAUGUGAAAUGUGAGUGA